GAGAUGUCGCUGUUCAAGGCACGGGACUGGUGGUCCACAUCUGUCGGAGAGGAAGAGGAGUUUGACCAGGGCUGUCUGUGUGUGGCCAAUGUGGACAACAGCUCUGAUGAACUAGAUAAAAUAGUUAUAGGUAGUUACCAUGGAAUUGUGCGUAUUUUCAACCCCAAACCUACGAAGACUGACGAAGGCUGGAGUGGAUUCCGUCCUGGAGAUGUCCUACUAGAGUCUCCCCUGGGACACCCCGUACUUCAAAUAGAGGCCGGGAAAUUUGUCUCAGGAUCUGAUAAACUACAUUUGGCAAUUCUACAUCCCAGAAAAUUGUCAGUAUACAAUGUUGCAGCCAUGAGUGGAGCUGUUGAACAUGGAACACAGUAUCAAAUGGCGUUGGCCUAUGAGCACAAGCUUCAAAGAACAGCUUACAACUUCUGUUUUGGACAUUUUGGACAAGUAAAAGGCAAGGGUUUCAUCUGUGUACAGUCCAUGGAUGGCACUGUGUCCAUCUUCGAGCAGGAGAGUUUUCCCCUUCACCCGGUUCCUUCCGGGAGCCCUGUUGCCCGGCCCGAUUCGGUAGCUGCCCAGACUGGACAGCUUCGUGACCGUGUCAUCGUCAUGGCAACUGGGGUGCUUCAAGUACCAAGUAUUGGCAGUAGCCACUGA